UUAUUUAAGUGUUAGAAGUGGACACCUGAUUCUCAUCAGACAAGAAGAGAAGGCCUACACUUCCAAGACGAAAUGAUGCUACCUGUGCUGCUCUUUUGUAUCCUGGUGCUUUCUGACCAAAUCCCACAAUUUGGGGCUAUCAAAUCCAAACCAUAUGUACCUGUGGAGACUGGCUGUGAGAAGUAUCAUGGAAGAGAUUGCUUGGCAAAUUGGGAUCCAGUAUGUGGCAGUGAUGGGCGUGAAUACGAUGAUGAGUGUCAUCUCUGCCUAGAAAAUGGAUUGAAUGGGGUGAAGGUGGCAUACAAGGGUGAGUGCCGUACAGUUGUUUGCCCCGCACAUUAUGAUCCAGUAUGUGGCACUGAUGGACGUACAUACUCCAAUGAGUGUGCCCUCAUCCAGGAAAAUAGAAGGUUUCACGAAGUAAAGGUGGCAUACAAGGGUGAGUGCCACGCCUGUCAGGGGUAUUGCACCCAGGAAUGGGAUCCAGUAUGUGGCAGUGAUGGACGUACAUACAGCAAUGAGUGUUAUCUCUGCCAGGAAACUAGAGGGAAUCCGAACGUUAAGGUGGCAUACAAGGGUGAGUGUCACGCGGCUGAUCCCUGUCAGACGUAUGGAAGGCUUUGCCCCACGAAAUGGGAUCCAGUAUGUGGCAGUGAUGGUCAUACAUACAUGAAUAAGUGUAGUCUCUGCCAGGAAAAUAGAAUGAAUCACCAAAAAGUGAAGGUGGUCCACAAGGGUUGGUGUUGAAUGUGGCAUAUCCAUUACUGGCAUGUUUCCUGAAGUCUGUCAAUGUAAACAUUUUGUGCGUAGGCGUACCCCAACAAGAUGGGUGCAGACCAUAAUAAAAAGGUUCCAAAUUAUGAA